CAUAACUGUACCUCCCCACUGCCCAGUGCAGCACCCACCCAGGGAGGGCACUUGGUGAAUACUUGCUGAGUAAAUUGGUGCCGGUAUGGAUGGGAAGAAAUGCAGCGUGUGGAUGUUUUUACCUCUUGUAUUUACUUUGUUUACGUCGGCUGGACUGUGGAUAGUAUACUUUAUAGCUGUGGAAGAUGACAAAAUUUUACCAUUAAAUUCAGCUGAAAGGAAACCAGGUGUGAAGCAUGCACCAUAUAUAAGUAUUGCAGGUGAUGAACCUCCUGCGAGCUGUGUGUUUAGUCAAGUCAUGAACAUGGCAGCAUUCCUGGCUCUUGUGGUCGCUGUUCUGCGCUUCAUACAGCUGAAACCAAAGGUUUUAAACCCGUGGCUGAAUAUUAGUGGACUGGUGGCACUGUGCCUGUCUUCCUUUGGAAUGACCUUACUUGGUAAUUUUCAGCUCACGAACGAUGAAGAAAUCCAUAAUGUCGGAACCUCCUUGACCUUUGGGUUUGGCACGUUGACGUGCUGGAUCCAGGCUGCAUUGACGCUCAAAGUCAACAUCAAGAACGAGGGACGGAAAGUUGGGAUUCCGCGAGUUAUUCUCUCAGCAUCUAUCACUCUCUGUGUGGUCCUCUACUUCAUCCUCAUGGCCCAGGGCAUCCACAUGUAUGCAGCCAGGGUCCAGUGGGGCCUGGUCAUGUGCUUCCUGUCUUACUUUGGCACCUUCGCGGUGGAGUUCCGGCAUUACCGUUACGAGAUUGUUUGUUCCGAGUACCAGGAGAACUUCCUAAGCUUCUCGGAAAGCCUGUCCGAAGCUUCUGAAUACCAAACUGACCAGGUGUAAACUAUCAGUUUCUCCUUGCUGGUGAGCUGGGUGUGGCUGUGGGGGAGGGGCCAGGGGGACACACCCACCGGACUUGAUACGUAACCUCAUGACACAUUUUACACACACACACACGUUCGUGGCCACAUUUGCCAAAUGAGCUUUUCAGGGCGAGUUAUUUCUUGAGCAAAAAAGCACAAGCCCUUCCGUGUCGAAAUACACGCUGUUACACUGAAAAUAUAUGCACGACAGAGCAAGAAGCUUGUGCACCAUCACCUUUCCCCUCUCCCUGCCCUUCGUUCUCUGCACAUAUGUCACACGUUGCGGUCACCCUGCCGUCGGGUAGAGCAGGCCAAACGUAACAUGGGAAUAAUGCCAGCUCCCUUCAGAUCCUAAGGGCUUGGGACCAGCUCAUGAAGUUCGGAACCUGGCGCUAAUACUCUUGAAUGUAUAGCGUGUCGUCUAAUGGGCUGGAAGCUGUACAGAGAUGUGACCCCGGGUAACCUUUGGAAAGGCAUGGGAUCAAGGAUAGAACUUUCCCACAAAAACUGCAGCACUGUUCGUGGUUGGCUGUGAGGGUUCAGGGAGAGAGGAACGUGCUACAAACUGUGAGAGUGAAGCCCACCACCGUGACGCGGACUUGACUGCGGCCGAGAAAUACUUCCAGAUGGGAAUAUUUGUGGUCCGCUCGACAUGGAACAAAUGGGGCAGUGAGGGUGUGGUUUCACUGUUGCUUUUAUAGUAUGCUAUGUAGAGUUUCUGUUUUAUAUUUCAUGGCUUGCCUUCUUUUUUUAAAGUAACUACCAAGAGUCUCUCGAGGCCUCAUGGACAAAAAUGUAGGCCAAAUGCAAAAUGUGAGCUUGCUUUGGUUUCCACCAUGAUAAAAGAAAAAGAAAAAAGGUGACCCGCAGGCUUAAUUUGUUGCUUUUAUGUUCAAAGCUAAGAAAAUGUCCACAGAAAAGCACAAAGAAAUAUGUGUGGAGGUAAUAAAAAGAGCUCCUGCUGGCCAUUUAUUAAAAAGAUAGGCGUUUCUGAGCAUCUUGUUGCAAGUCCAAGUCAGGGGAGAGUUUCUUAGUAUGUAUCUAGAGCUCAAAUUUAGUAUUGGGCUUUUCAUAUUUGGAAUUUGGAGAAGCCAAUUAAAAGAUUACCAUCCACAAUAAACAAAUUGGCACAGCUGUCCCCUACUGCUUGACAUGUAGUCCACCUGUUAAGAGUGUGGAACUCCAACUCUGUAGGCCUGGGAUUCUGAGGCUGUGCUUCAUAGAUGAGAACAGAAUUAUAACUUCCACACGUGUUGGAGUGGGCCACGUUGACAUACCCUCCACGAGUGCACUUUGUUUCAAGAAAUCCCCAGGUUGACUUUAGAGGGACCUGGGAUUUCAUGGAAAAUAAUGUGAAAAACAAUUUUUAAUUCAACCCAAACUUAGUUUCUUGAGGAGGGGAGUGUGUCAAUGACUUUUCAUCUCUGUAUUUAUCUCCACCUCCUCCUCAGUGCCUGGCACAUAAUAGGUGCUCAACAAAUGUCUGUUGAAUAGAAUUAUUGGUCAUUGAAGAGUAGGAAAAAGGAGUAUCAGAGAAAGACUUAAAGAGGAGAGAGCAGAAGAUGCCUAUUUCAAGGAAAACAUAAAUGGCAGAAAUCACGAAUGGGGGUCAGACGGAGGAGUGAGGAUACUUAUAGGUAAAUUUGUGAGGAAAACAAUCAAGCAGAGGUUAUUCUAUUAAAAAGGUGUCUUACUGUAAAUAGUCCCAGGUGACAUUUAUUAUUUUGAAAUACUGCUUUGGGGUUUUUUGUGUUUUUUUUUCAUUUUUAUAUUUUAAAAUUUUUAUCAGAGAACAAAGAUUUAUGAAGUUCUCUGUUACUCUAUACAAUCCAAAUUAAACAGCUUCUGGUGAUGCAAUGUACCCUUCCUUAAGAGCGUAUCUUACAAUAGCACACUUUCGCAGAAUCAAGCAAUGACUGACAUUAUUCAUUGGGAUCUGACCACUAAAUAAAAUUCUUUUAUGCAGA